AUGGAACCAGAAAAUGAUACACAACUUUCAGAAUUUCUUCUUCUGGGAUUUUCAGAGCAAGCAGAAAUACAGCCCCUCAUCUUUGGGCUUUUCCUCUCCAUGUACCUGGUCACUGUGCUGGGGAACCUGCUCAUCAUCCUGGCCACCAUCUCAGACUCCCACCUGCACACGCCCAUGUACUUCUUCCUCUCCAACCUGUCCUUUGUGGACAUCUGCUUCACCUCCACCACCGUCCCAAAGAUACUGGUGAACAUCCAGACCCAGAGCAAGGCCAUAACCUACGCAGGCUGCAUCACCCAGAUGUACUUCUUAUUGCUUUUUUCAGGACUUGACAUCUUUCUGCUGACUGUGAUGGCAUAUGACAGAUAUGUGGCCAUCUGUCACCCCCUGCACUACAUGGUCAUCAUGAACACCCAGCUCUGCAGACUGUUGGUUGUGGCAUGCUGGAUCAUGAGCGUCCUGAAUUCCUUGUUGCAUAGCUUCAUGGUCUUACGACUGUCCUUCUGCACAGACUUGGAAGUCCCCCACUUUUUCUGUGAACUAAAUCAGGUGGUCCACCAUGCCUGCUCUGAUACCUUUCUUAAUGACAUGGUGAUAUAUAUCACAGCUCUGCUGCUUGCUGUUGGCCCCCUCACCUGCAUCCUUUACUCCUACUCCAAGAUAGUGUCCUCUAUCUGUUCAAUCUCAUCAGCUCAGGGCAAGUACAAAGCCUUUUCCACCUGUGCUUCUCACCUCUCCAUAGUCUCCUUAUUUUAUUGUACACUCCUGGGAGUUUACCUUAGUUCUGCUCUGACCCAAAACCCGCAUUCAACUGCAACAGCCUCUUUGAUGUACACAGUGGUCACCCCCAUGCUGAACCCCUUCAUCUACAGUCUGAGAAAUAAGGACAUCAAGAGUGCUCUGACGAGACUCCUUGUGAGAACACCUGGAAAAGGACCAGUUAUUCCACUUCAGUAG